CACACAGAGACAGACACACACACACUCAGAAACCCACACAGACACACACAGACACACACAGAGACACACACACACUCACCAACACAGUGGAUCACAGCCGAGCAGAGAGAGCUGCGUCCGGUGACCAUGUCGGUGCUUGACUCCGCCCCCAGCGGGGGUGACCCCGCCCUCAGUAUCGUUCACAGCCUCAUGUGUCACCGACAGGGCGGAGAGAACGAGGUCUUCGCUCAGCGGGCGAUCGAGAGCUUGGUGAAGAAGCUGAAGGAGAAAAAAGACGAGUUGGACUCGCUCGUUACCGCGGUUACCACCAACGGAGUCCACCCCAGCAAGUGUGUGACCAUCCAGAGGACGCUGGACGGACGCCUGCAGGUAGCAGGUAGAAAGGGUUUCCCUCACGUGAUCUACACCCGUCUGUGGCGCUGGCCCGACCUCCAUAAGAACGAACUGAAACACGUGAAGUUCUGUCACUUUGCGUUCGACCUGAAGUUCGACAGCGUGUGUGUGAACCCGUAUCACUACGAGAGGGUGGCGCCGCCCGCCAGCGCAGGUCCUCAGACUCUGAUAAAGGAGGAGUUCAUUCAGGAAUGUCUAAAGAUCGACCUGCCCCCCCACCCUGACCCCUACAGCCGGCCCCGCCCUGUCAACGUGUUUCCCAGCAUGCAUCUGUCUCCUCCAGGUGGUAGAAGAGGCGUGUGUGGGGGGGCUGAGGGUGAGGACCCUGGUCCCCUUCUGCCCCCCCCGCCUCAGAGCCAGGGGGGGCAGGCCUCGCCACCAACAUGGAGUCCUCCCGUCAGCCCAGAGUACAGCGACCCCUCUCCAGCUGGUGCUGUGGGGGGGGCGGGGUCUUGUGUUUCUGCAGCCACCUGGACAGGGAAUGACCUCGCCCGCUACAGGGAUGUAGGACCUCUACAGAGUGGGCGGAGCCACCAGCAGCCUCGAUUACAUCAUCCUCAUCACCCCCCCAAUACUCACUUCUGGUCCCAGCAUCACAGCACCACUCCGUAUCCACAGCCUGUGUCCAACCAGCCAGGUCCAGAGUUCUGGUGUUCUAUCUCCUACUUUGAGUUGGACAUCCAGGUUGGGGAGAUGUUUAAGGUCCAGUCCAGCUGUCCCCUGGUGACCGUGGACGGAUACGUGGACCCUUCAGGAGGAGAUCGGUUCUGUCUGGGACAGCUGAGCAGCGUCCAUCGCACGGCCAGCAGCCACCGCGCCCGGCUUCACAUCGGCCGAGGAGCUCAACUGGAGUGUCGGGGGGAGGGAGACGUCUGGAUGCGUUGCCUUAGCGACCACCCUGUGUUCAUUCAGAGUCACUACCUGGAUCUGGAGGCCGGCCGAGCACCAGGAGGCGGAGUUCGUAAGAUCUACCCGGGAGCUUGUAUUAAGGUGUUCGACUUGCGGCAGUGCCACAGACAGAUGCAGCGGCAGGCAGCAGCAGCUCAGGCCACGAUGGUUGUUGGUUCGAUUCCUGGCCCGGACAGUGUAGGAGGAGUCGCCCCUGCUGUCGGUGUGUGCUCACUGGCGGGUCUGGGUGUGGACGACCUGCGAAGGUUGUGUAUCGUGCGGCUGAGCUUCGUGAAAGGUUGGGGCUGUGACUACCCGCGACAGAGCAUCAAAGACACCCCCUGCUGGCUGGAGGUCCACCUGCACCGGGCGCUGCAGCUUCUCGACCAGGUGCUGCAUAUGUUGCCGCCACAAGAGCAUUCCCUCUGACACCCCCAACAGGUGUGUGUGGGUCUGAGAGUGUGGGUGUUUGUGUGAUGCUUCUACGAGCCCGGCCCCCCUCCUGCUCCUACACACUGGUGCAGGGGCGGGUCCUGGCGACGUGGGCGGUGCCGAGAGGAUGGCACAAGAGGCUGAUUGAUCACAACGUGAUGAACAGCUCGCUGUCAGUACAGCAGCUUUCAGACUCUUUUUAUAUUUUUUAUAGUCUACAUUUUUUUCUGCCUGUGUGUGCAUCUGUACACAGUGUACACAAGGGGCGCUUGCAGUUUUGCGUGUGUAUGUUAGGGGGCGCCAAUCUCAAAUCUCGUCUCGGGCUCCAACAUGGCCGCCGGCCCUGCACAGGUGUAAACAAACACUUCAUUGCUCAUUUGCUGGUUCAGGUACAGAACUCCAUGCUUCAGACAAUCAACCAACAGCAGUGUCUCAUUCCUCCUGUCAAUCAGAUGAGUUUCCAUGGAUACCACUCACACGUUAAAAGCUCAGGUCGCUGAAAAAGAGAACAUAAAAAUCUCCUGUUGUAGAACCAGAGCAGGAACUGGAGCCUGCAAUACAAGAGUUCUACAUACACAGGAUGUCUUUAAGUUCUCCAGCUGAACUUAACCUAACAAUCACAUUCAGGCUAGGUGGUCACAUGACUCUGGUUAUCAACUCGUUAACUCAGGUUUUCUUACUGUAGAGUGCACAUAAAGGGGCGGGGUGUACUGUGUAUGACCAAUCACAGACAUGGACAGUUUGACUGUCGGCAGAGCUGAGGAUCAGACUGUUGUAUAAUAAAAAUCAGAGGAGAACAAACAGCUGGUAAAACAUCUGGGAUUGUGCCAAUGUGUGAGUUACAGCGCCCCCUGGUGACAUUUGGUAAAAAUAUGUUAGGUGACCACGUGGUGAGUCGGCAGAGCUUUUAUACAGUUUGAUCUCUUAUCUCCAACUUCACCUGGAGCAGGUCAGCUGAUCACCACACGUUACCAUGGUGAUUUACCUCGAUUACAAGAGAACGAGCUUCGUCGGAUUGAAGACUCAGAAUUAAACCUGAAGUUACCUGAUGACCACAAAUCCUUCUUCGUAGUUCAGGGUCCAGGUCUCCUGAUGUUUCAGGAAGUCACUGAUUUAUACAUCAGGUAUUUUCAAAGUAAAACUCCACGGAAUAAGAAAAGUUCACGUGAUGGUCUCAGUGUGAUCGUCUUCAUUGAUGUGCUCAGACGUGAUGCUGAUCUUUGUCUCUGCUCAGUUUUCAGAUUUGAUUAUUUUAAUUUUCAUCUCCGUCAGUUUUAUUUACUUUUAUCUUAUUUUGAAGGUUUCUACUUUAUCAUUCAGUCGGUUUUAUAGAAACACGGUGACCAUCAUUGAACUUCAAAGUUUAACUCUGACUGCUCCUUUAACAAAGUUUUAUUUACGUUGACUUUUAUUGAUAAUCUACCAAAGAUUGAUUUCCUGCUCCUCAUGACAUCACAUCCUGUUUACGCUUUGACUCUUAACAGUUUAAAGGCUUUUAUACGGAAAGUGUGUAUAACUCCCCAACAU